UCUUCUCCACUUUUUUGAAGUGGCAUUUGUGAACAUUUUUUUUUUAAACUAACAUUACCACUUAUUUUACUCGGUGGGUCAGACAGACUCUUUGGAUGGAGAAUCCUUGCCAUUGCUGGUGGAAAAUGAAGGCUGUGUGUGUGAACUUUGCCAUCACCUUCACCUGCCUGUGGUUUCUCCCUUCAUCGGUUCAAGAAAUAGACAAUCCGAUGGACUUUGGCAGCCAACAGAGGGAAGAAGGAGGACAAACCUCAAUGGGAGCAGCACUGAAAGUCAAACAUGUCUCCAAAGACUUACAGAUCAUCUCCACUAAACAUAAAACUCCUGCCUAUGGCUCCCUCGGCCCUUACGGUUGGCCUCAAAACUUCUCCCAGGCUCAAGAUCAAUACGUGUACCACUCUCCUCCCAAAUCCAAACCUCCUGCAAAAACAUCCCCCAAGGGAAAGAAGAUCCUUGGAUGGGGUGAUUUUUACUUUAAUGUGAAAACGGUGAAGUUCAGCCUCCUGGUGACGGGUAAAAUCGUGGAUCACAUCAAUGGUACAUUCAGCGUCUAUUUCCGCCACAACUCAUCACGUCUGGGGAACAUUUCUGUCAGCAUCGUCCCACCAUCCAAACCUGUAGGAUGGGAAGUUUUAGAUCCCCAAAACUCCGUACUGAUUCCAGAUCUGACAUCCCAGUUUCAGGGCUCGCCUCAGUCCACCAGCUCUUCCAGUCCUGACCAGCACAAGCAACAGCCGGACAUGAUGAUGGUUACUGAGCUCAACUGCCGGAUUGAGUACCAGAGAACCAACCGCUCCAAGAAGACCAAGCCCUGCAUGUACGACCCGGGUCAGACCUGCUACUCCGAAAACACCCAGUCCCAGGCGGCGUGGAUCUGCGCAAAGCCUUUUAAAGUUAUAUGCAUCUUCAUUGCUUUCACCGGCACUGAUUACAGGCUGGUGCAGAAAGUUUGUCCGGACCACAACUUUCAGACGGAGCAGAACCAGCAGCAUUUUGGAUGAUCAAAUUGAAAUCUUCAAAACUAUGACUUCUGUUUUCAAUAAUAAGCUUGAAAUUUUUUUUUUUUUUA